CCGAAUUCUCACUUAACUCCAUCUUGCUUUUUCGAGAGCCUGAGACUGAGAGGGAUUCGCCGAGAGCCUAGGACGUUCGCAGACUCCCAGCCAUCGCCAAGAUCGGCGUCUCUCCGUCCGUCGGCCGAUCUUCCCGAUCAUCGCCGGCGACUGCACCAAUCUAACUUAUCGCCGGUCCGAAUCGUACGGGGCCUCCGUCAAUUCCCACUCGAAGACGAUCGAAUCUCACUGGCUUUCUCUUGAUUCAUGAAUGGUGUAUGAAGUUGUAAACUUGGAGUAAAAUGGAAGGAGGGAUUGAAGGGAGUGAAGAGGAGGUGAUGCAGCAGCAUCCUAAGGUGCAUUACCUGCCGGAGCAUGAUGAUCACCAUCACCAUGGGUUUAUGAGCAAUGGGGACGUGAUGGAGCACGAUGAUGAUGGUGGUGGUGAUGGGAAUGGAGGGAGCGGAGGGAGUGACUGUAUGGAGGGCGAUGCUAAUGGGAGUCUGUUGGACAAUCAUAGUGCAAUGGUAGUUCACGGUGGAGCUGAAACUAAUAAUCAGCUUACUCUCUCAUUCCAGGGACAAGUCUAUGUGUUUGAUUCCGUGUCUCCUGAAAAGGUGCAAGCCGUGCUCUUAUUAUUAGGUGGACGCGAGGUCCCUCCAACCACCCCUAUACCUAUGCCUAAUCAAAAUUAUAGAAGUGUACCUGCUGCACCUCCGAAGCUUAAUGUUCCCCAAAGAAUUGCCUCGUUAAUUAGAUUUAGAGAAAAACGUAAAGAUCGGAAUUUUGAGAAGAAAAUUCGAUACACUGUCCGAAAGGAGGUUGCUCUCAGGAUGCAACGAAACAAAGGGCAAUUUACAUCAUCAAAACCCAAUCAGGAUGAGUCAGCAACAGCUUCUAAUUGGGACUCAUCCCAGAGAUGGGCUUCAAAUGGAGGCGGAUCUCAAAUUCAAAAUCAAGAGAUUUUCUGCCGGCACUGUGGUAUCAGUGAGAAAUCAACCCCAAUGAUGCGACGUGGACCAGAAGGGCCCAGGACCCUUUGUAAUGCCUGUGGGCUAAUGUGGGCAAAUAAGGGAACUCUGAGAGAUCUUUCUAAGACACCGCCGCCGCUGCCACCACCGCUAGGGCAUGGCUCAUCCCUUCACCGAAGCGAAGAGAAUGGAAAUGUGGAGGCUGCUCAAGCUAUUAGAGAAGUUGAAAAUGGAAGUGAAUCACUCUGAAUUUUUCCACUGUUCAAAACCACAAUGACUGUAUGAUAGGUAGGACUUUGGCUUGGUCUUUGAAGCCCCUUGCUCUUUCCAUAUACGAUAAUCACAGUCAUUUCAUACCGGCUUAAGUUUCUGUUCACUUAGCUUUGGCGAUUUCUUCUUCUGUAUCAUAUUGAUGGCGAAUCUCAGCUGAGUGUACUAUAGGUCUCUCUCACAUCCAUAGAAAUUCAACUCCAUUUUCCAAUGUAUUUUAUUUGAACAUAUCUGAGUUUCAAAGCUAGUCUAGUGUUCAUGUAAAGUUUGCUUUUGGUUCAAAUAAUAAAUGUGAAAUUAUUCC